AUGGCGGAUGAAGAGCCUCGGCGCAAGAUCUCCUUCUCUCUCUCCUCACUGCCCUCUUCUCGUCACAAUCCUUUGGUUCCUCGUCGCGGUGCCAACGGCUCCGUCGACGACCCUAGCUGCGAGGCCGAGAAUGGGUCCGCCAUACCUGAAUUCGUCACCUCAUUUGAGGCAUCGUUAGCCCUCGCCGCCUCCGAGGACGCCAAGCCCAUUAUUCCUCCCAUGCUCGACGCCCAGAUGAAGAAAGUCAUCCCUUUUCCGGAGUCCGAAGUCGAUUACGACACCUGGAAAUUUAGGGAGGAUAUGAAGGGACUCCCCGAGCACCAUGGCCUGGAGGAGUUCAAGCAGAUGCCUGUCGAGGACUUCCCGAGCGCCUAUCUUGCCGGAUAUGGGUGGGUGAAGGGGCAGGUUAUAGGGAGAAACAAGAGGCUGCAGGAUCCCAAGGUAAUCGAGUACAGUCGUAGAGAUGGCACUCAAGGGCUGGGUUAUAACAAACACAAACUAUGA